GUUAGUGUUGUCCCAAAAAACUAAAGAAAACAUCCUUUGAAGCUGAGUGGAGUUGUUUACUGUAAAUUCCACUGUAUAUAAUAUAAUCCUCAUACUUAUAAACAAGCGAUAUUUUUUGUCCAAGAACAGUGACGCAGGCUUCAGCUCUACCUAUGUAUGGAAGCGACUAUUUGACCCUUUUUGAUAAAGGACGAGAGCUUUUGAAUACUUGCAAGCUGCAGUCCACAUGAAUAACCUGAAUGAUCCUCAGGACUGGAAUAUAAGGCCAGAGAGGCAGGGUGAUGGUGAUGGGGACAGCAGCAAGUGGAACUAUGCCCUCCUGGUGCCCAUGCUGGGACUCGCUGCCUUUCGAUGGAUCUGGUCAAAAGAAUCUCAAAAGGAAAUCGAGGAGGCCAAGGUCAAGUACGAAAAGACCUUAGAGACGACCCAGAAGGACCUGGAUGUGAAAUACAGACAGACGCUCUCUGAAAACCACAAAGAAACAGCUCAGCUCCAGCUUGAUCUAGAAAAGGAAAAGCUGCGAGUGCAUGGCUACCGACAAGCCCUGGCUUCCCAGAGUCAGCAGCUCGAGGAGGAACGUCGAGGCUUGAGGUUGGAACGUGAAGCUCUAGAAAACGAAAAAUCUAGAUUGCGUUACGCAGGACCUGGUGGCGCCCUCUUCCACGAGGCCCUGGAAAAGGAGAAAGAGCGAGAGCGGAGUGCUUCACUGGCUCUGAAAGAUGUAGAGUACCGGCUGGUGGAAAGGCAGAGGGCCUUUUGCAGUAUUUUGGUGCCCCGUGCGAGGAGGGUGGAGGUGGAGAAAGACCUUCUGGUUCGUACGGUUAAAGAGCCCCUUCUUGCACAUCUGGAGAUGGAGGACGGUCUCAGGGAUAUUUUUAAGAAUGAUCACAGUUGUGCUCAGUAUCUCAACACAGAUGAGCGCAGGAAUGGCAGUCUGAUGUGGCUGUAUCUCAAAUACUGGCGUCUGCAGCUCACGCUUCAGUCACACCAGAGAGCUGAGGAGGCUAUGCUCCAGACAAAAAAAGUGACACUGGGAGAUCAGAAAUGAAUCUGUAUCACUAAAAUGAUGUAUUAAGAGCUCGUUGUCAAUAAAGUUAAUGAGACUCAA